AUGUCAUGGCCCUCACCUUCUUAUGUUUCAUCCAACAAAUUACUGCCACCAGUAGCAAUGAACGUCGGAUCCACAGAUACAGUGGGAGGAGCGAGAUCUACGGACGUUUUGAAUCUGCCAGUCGUCCGUGUACGCAGAAAGAAGGGCAAAUGGCAGGUGAACUUUGAGAAUUGGUUGACGAACGAUGGCAAGUAUUUUGACCCAAGAUCAAAUGGACCAUCUUACAUAUUCCUCGGACUCUGGAUUGCCGGAAACGUGGCACAAUUCGGAUACACAUUCAAUUUCUACAAUUCAAAUCCAAGCUUUUCAAACUUCCGAACAAUGUUGGGGAUUACACUACCAUUAGCAAGAGGAGCAGCAUCAUGUAUUGAUUUAAGUGCUGGGAUUAUAUUGUUGCCUGUAUGUCGUAAUUUGCUGAGUCUGUUACGGAAUACGCCGAUUCAGAGAUAUGUGCCUGUGGAUCGGAAUAUUGACUUUCAUCGAUUCUUGGGAUGGAGUGUGGUGCUGUGGAGUUUUGUACAUAGUGUGGCGCACAUGUUUAAUUUGUUGAAUCUGUCGAGGUAUCAGGUUGGACUUGUCAAGCCUGAGACCGUUGCUGUAACGUCCGGGCCAGGAGCAACAGGCCAAAUCCUCGUAGUCCUCUUAUUCCUCAUCGUGACAGCAUCAAUCUACACCGUCAGGAGGAAAUUCUUUGAAAUCUUUUGGUUUACCCAUCACCUAUUUAUCGUCUUCUUUGCCAUCCUGCUCACACACGGCACGUUUUGUUUCAUACAAACGAAUAAUGGCUCUUGUGCUGGAGCAGCGUUUUGGAAGUACUGGGUCUUCUUCGGUGGACUAUAUCUACUGGAAAGGAUUGUGCGUGAACUACGAGGACGGCUACCGACGAAUAUCAGUAAAGUGGUAAUGCAUCCGAGUAGAGUGUGUGAAGUACAGAUCCGGAAACCUAGUUGCAAGAUCCGAUCUGGACAGUAUAUCUUCUUGUGCUGUCCCCAAGUCGCUGGAUAUGAGUGGCAUCCAUUCACACUCACAUCAGCACCUGAAGAAGACUUCAUAUCAGUACACAUACGAGUCGCGGGAGACUGGACUACAGCAUUUGCGAAGCAAGUAGGAUGCCAAUGGGACGAUAGAGGAAAUCCGUCAAAAACACUUGAAGCUGCUGUAGGCAAUGAUGCCAGACUGGUUUUGCCACGUGUUAUGGUGGAUGGUCCAUAUGGUGCUGCCAGUGAGGAUGUCUUCAACUAUGAAGUUUCAGUCUGCUUUGGUGCUGGUAUAGGUGUUACGCCUUUCGCUUCUAUGCUCAAGUCGAUAUGGUAUAAGGUCAAAAACCCUACGAAAGUCAUACCGCUGCGAAAGGUUUACUUCUAUUGGAUUUGUCGUGACAAAGAUGCAUUUGAAUGGUUUCAAGAUUUGCUAGUAGCACUAGAAGAAGAAGAUCUCGGGAAAUUCUUGGAAAUCGAACUGUAUAUUACGGGUUCAUUAAAACCCAACGAAGUGUUUAAUGUGAUUCUGAAUGACGAAGAGGGUAUCAAAGAUGGUCUAACCGGACUUAAAUCAGCUACAAAGUUUGGCAGACCAAAUCUCGAUGCCAUUUUCAAAUCAUUGGGAGAAAGACAUCCACACACGGAUUGUGGAGUCUUCUUCUGUGGCCCCAAGCCAUUGAAUGCUAUGCUACAUGCUUGCUGUAACAAGUAUACGCAGACUGAUGGAACAAGGUUUUACUAUCACAAAGAAAACUUCUAA